GCGCGAGGCGGCGGAGUUGAAUUCAGCACGCUAUGAAUCGGAUCUUUCAUGACGACUUGGAUAAGUUUGUCAUCGUGUACCUCGAUGACAUUCUUAUUUUUAGUAGGACUGUCGAGGAGCAUAUUGCACACUUAGACAAAGUCUUCAGUCUCCUUCGGCAGCACAAGUUCAAGAUCAAUGGGGAGAAAUGUAAGUUUGGUCGCACCCGGAUCUUGUACUUGGGUCAUAAGAUUUCCGCGGAGGGUUUGAAGCCCGAUGACGCAAAGGUGGUCAGCAUUCGUGACUGGCCGCGUCUUCAGUCUAUGAUUGAGAUGAGGUCUUUCUUAGGGACGACCGGCUACUACCGUAACUUUGUUAAGAACUAUAGUAUAGUGGCUGACCUUUUGACUGACUUGACUCGCCUUGACACCUCGUGGGAGUGGACAGACAGGAGGUCAAAGUUGAGGCCAGUCGAGUACAUGUCCAAAACGAUGUUGUCUUAUAAGUUGGAUAAGUCCACCUAUGAGAAGGAGCUCUACGCGAUUUACAAGGCACUGACCCAUAGGAGACAUUACCUCCUUGGGAGGUUCUUCAUCGUCAGGACUGAUUAUCAGACCCUGAAGUGGAUGAGAACCCAGCCAGUGCUCUCCGAUGCAUUGAAGCGAUGGAUCGAAGUCAUUGAACAGUAUGACUUCGAACCUCGGUAUCUGAAAGGGGGGUACAACAAAGUUGUUGAUGCCUUAUCACAUAGGUCUGACUUCUCUGGUGCGCUGAUCGCUGAGUUCGAGCUUGCGGACGAUGUCACUCGCUCUUUGGAUGGCGCACAGUUACAGCAGACCGCGACGCAACAAUUGCAGCAGCGGAUCUGCACUACCGCCACCACCUCGAGUCCGGAGCCGCGCGAGACAGCUCCUAAGUUCGAUGGGCAGGAGAUCUUCCACGACUCAAUCAAGACAGAUCCGAUUCCAUGGUUUCGCAAGUUUGAGCUCACGCUGCAGCUCCACAACGUCAAGGAAAACAAGCACCACGCUUACUUGUACUCUCGCUCAGGGGGCGYGUGUCAKGCGUGGUUGGACAACUUGUUGUCCAMGUACGGAGUGGUAGCAGCGGACUUGCACACCAUGAUCAGCUGGGAUGAUCUGAAGGCGGCGUGGCACAAGCGGUUCCAGGUKGAGCCGCCAGAGAUCAAAGCCAUGGACAAGCUUAUGGUYUUCGAGCAAAGCUCGCUGCCGAGUACRGACUGGAUCGCCGAGUACCAACGCUUGACGUCAGUCCCAGACAUCCAGAUGGGCUUCAAGGCCAUCCGCCACUAUUUCAUCUCAAGGUCAUGUCCGACAUUGAGCAAUGCCCUGACGCAUGUYGAGGACACCUUGACGACGACGGCAGAACUAUUCGACAAGGCUGCGCARAUCAUCGUUACGAACAAGGAGGCGAAGAACCUCCGUUCUUCUGCGUCAGGCCCGAGCGGGAACCAGCAUCAUCCACGAGUGGCCGUGGUCGCAGCAGCAGCGCCGUUAGACCAAACCAGCGAGACUGCGUCUGACAUUGAAGGAGACAGAUUCGCAGCCGCCUGGGAAGGUGGCCGCGCCGGCAGAGGCCGAGGGCGCGGCAAGCCGAAGACACACACCGAUUCGGCGCGCGAGUUCAAGAUAGAGGUUUUGGACCCGCUCACGUCCGAGGACUUUGCAUGGCUUCCUCUCCCGACCACAGGCUGUUUGCCGGGACCGCAAUGCGCAGCACUUAGCGCUUAUCUUCACACUUACUUAUCCUUCUAUGCACCACCAACUUCGCCGACGGAUGACGAAGUCGCGGUGGGGGACAUCCUGGCGUACGUUACCAAGGUGGCCCGCGAGUUUCGCACGAAGCGGUACGAUAACAACAAUGCACCGCUCAUGUAUGUCCACAUCCAGGUUGGGCAAGCGUCCUGCAGCGCUUUGCUGGAUAGCGGCGCAACUCGCAACUUCAUGAGCCAGUCUUUUAUGCAAAGAGUUGGCCUUGGCGCACAAGUUCAGAGAAAGGCAAACCCGACGGCGAUCAAGUUGGCGGAUGGAAAGACGCAGCAACUACUCAACCGUUACAUCGACGCCGUACCGGUCUACUUCGCACCUCAUGCAUGCGAACCGGUGACAUUUGAUAGUCUCGACACGGACUUCGACAUCAUUHUGGGAAUGCCUUGGCUUGCAAGUGCGGAUCACACGGUCAACUUCCAUCGGCGGACUCUUAGCGUUCACGACGCCCUCGGCGUGGAAGUGGCGUGUACGAUUCCUCUACCGCACUCUUCGAUCCGGUGCCAAGUGGUGACGGUCAGAUCAUUCCGGGCGACUUGUGCUUACGAGCAGCCCGAGGAGAUCGGCAUAUGUUUCCUACGGACCGUCGCGGUAGCCGACUCUUCACCCACGGACUUGUCUUCGGACCCCCGUGUGGUACGGUUGCUGGACGAGUUCGCUGACAUCUUUGAGUCACCUACUGGUGUGGUGCCGGGUCGGCCGAUCUCUCACGAGAUCAUUCUUGAGGCCGGUGCCGUGCCGCCGAAAGGUUACAUCUAUCGGAUGAGUGAGGAGGAGCUCGAGGUACUCCGCGGACAACUCGAUGAUUUGUUGGCCAAGGGCUGGAUCCGUCCGAGUAGCUCCCCAUAUGGAGCACCAGUUCUCUUCGUCAGGAAGAAGAACAAGGAUCUACGAUUGUGUAUCGACUACCGCAAGCUCAAUGCGCAAACCGUCAAGAAUGCGGGGCCUCUUCCUCGCAUCGACGAUCUUCUCGAGCGGCUGGGCGGUGCGAAGUAUUUUUCCAAGUUGGAUUUGAAAUCCGGAUAUCAUGAAAUCUUGAUUCAGCCGAAUGAUCGCUAUAAAACCGCAUUCAAGACGCGGUACGGGCAUUUUGAGUGGGUGGUCAUGCCUUUUGGCCUCACCAACACCCCGGCGACAUUCCAGGCGGUGAUGACCAAUGAGUUUCGUGCAAUGUUGGACCGGUUCGUGCUGGUCUACUUAGACGAUAUUCUCGUCUACAGCCGGACAUUGGAGGAUCAUCUUGGACAUCUUCGACGAGUGUUGGAGAUGCUCCGCCGUGCCAAGUAGAAGGCCAACCGCGACAAGUGCGAAUUUGUCCGGCAAGAGUUGGAACACUUGGGCCAUUUUGUCACACCGGAGGGCAUCAGUCCGCUAUCGGACAAGA